ACUCAUUUUGUCAUCAAUCUUUUAAAUCGCUCCUGAAAUGCAUUUCAAGAUAUAUCUGGAUUGUCCUUCACCAACCUGGACCAGACGAUAGAUGUUAACAGUAGCACGGAAGUAGGCAGCACGGUAUUCACCGUAGAAACGGAUGACGAUGACGUAAAUGCUGUUUCGAUGACAUCGCAAUCUACACUUUUUCAACUGGACACCACCGAUAACAGAUCCGUCGUUGUGAUGGAUUGUUUGACGGCGGGUUACCAGGAAGUCGUUAGUUUCCAGGCAACGGAUGGAAUCAGCGUCGUUACAGCGUCAUUGACCUUGGAUGUCCUUGACAACGGUCCUGUCAUCAACAACUUACCUGCUACAGUUUACAUGUCGGAGCCGGCCAAUAACGGAUUGGCGACCUUAUAUACGGUUGACGUGUAUGACGGUUGUGAUGAUGUCAGCUGUGACGUAACAGACAUAUCUCCGAGCGGUUAUAAUGUCUGGAUGAAGAGUGACGAUGUGGUUUCCUACAAGAAGUUGUUUGAUGAUACGUUCACACUGAUCCUGGAAAUCACUUGCGGCAGUGCAGUUUCCAAACUGAUUAUGGAAAUAGGUUCCACCACACCAUUAACAACAACUUCAACAACUAGUUACGAAACAACAGCUUUAACUAGUUCAGGACUUUCCACCACAGCAACUAAAACACCGCUUUCUGAUACAACACCAUCAUCAACUAGUUCCGAAUCAACAGUUUUAACUAGUUCAGAACUUUCCAGCACAGCAACUAAAACACCGCUUUCUGAUACAACAACUUCAACAAUUAGUUCCGAAUCAACAGCUUUAACUAGUUCAGAACUUUCCAGCACAUCAACUAAAACACCGCUUUCUGAUACAACACCAUCAUCAACUAGUUCCGAUGCCACAGUUUUAACUAGUUCAGAACUUUCCAGCACAGCAACUAAAACACCGCUUUCUGAUACAACACCAUCAUCAACUAGUUCCGAAUCAACAGUUUUAACUAGUUUAGAACUUUCCAGCACAGCAACUAAAACACCGAUUUCUGAUACAACAACUUCAACAAUUAGUUCCGAAACAACAGCUUUAACUAGUUUAGAACUUUCCAGCACAGCAACUAAAACACCGCUUUCUGAUACAACACCUUCAACAACUAGUUCCGAUGCCACAGUUUUAACUAGUUUAGAACUUUCCAGCACAGCAACUAAAACACCGCCUUCUAAUACAACACCAUCAUCAACUAGUUCCGAAUCAACAGUUUUAACUAGUUUAGAACUUUCCAGCACAGCAACUAAAACACCGCUUUCUGAUACAAAACCAUCAUCAACUAGUUCCGAAACAACAGUUUUAACUAGUUUAGAACUUUCCAGCACAGCAACUAAAACACCGCUUUCUGAUACAACACCUUCAACAACUAGUUCCGAUGCCACAAUUUUAACUAGUUUAGAACUUUCCAGCACAGCAACUAAAACACCGCUUUCUGAUACAACACCUUCAACAACUAGUUCCGAUGCCACAGUUUUAACUAGUUCAGAACUUUCCAGCACAGCAACUAAAACACCGCUUUCUGAUACAACACCUUCAACAACUAGUUCCGAUGCCACAAUUUUAACUAGUUUAGAACUUUCCAGCACAGCAACUAAAACACCGCUUUCUGAUACAACACCUUCAACAACUAGUUCCGAUGCCACAGUUUUAACUAGUUUAGAACUUUCCAGCACAGCAACUAAAACACCGCUUUCUGAUACAACACCUUCAACAACUAGUUCCGAUGCCACAGUUUUAACUAGUUUAGAACUUUCCAGCACAGCAACUAAAACACCGCUUUCUGAUACAACACCAUCAUCAACUAGUUCCGAAACAACAGUUUCAACUAGUUUAGAACUUUCCAGCACAGCAACUAAAACACCGCUUUCUGAUACAACAACUUCAACAAUUAGUUCCGAAACAACAGCUUUAACUAGUUCAAAACUUUCCAGCACAUCAAUUAACACACCACCGUUUAAUACAACAGCAGCAGCAUUAACUAGUUCCGAAACAACAGCUUUAACUAGUUCAGAACCUUCCAGCACAGCAACUAAAACACCGUCUUCUAAUACAACACCAUCAUCAACUAGUUCCGAUACAACAGCUUUAACUAGUUCAAAACUUUCCAGCACAGAAACUAAAAUUCCACAUUCAGAUACAACUACUUCAUCAACUAGUUCAGAACUUUCAAGUACAGAAUCAACAGCUUCGCAAACUAUACUGUCCACAGAUGUUACUUUAUCUCUUAGUUCGGGUCAGCAAAGUGAUUCCACGUCUACAUCUAUUUCACAAGCAUCAAGUACAUCAUCUUCCACUAGUGCACAGGCUGAUACAACACAAUUUAAUGUAGUUUCCGGCGGCACAACCCCACCAGUGUCAACGACCAAUACUUCUGCCACCAAGUCACAAUCUACAUUAUCAACUACAACUACUCCCGGUGUCGGAUGGUCAGCUGCAUCUAACGAUGAAAGUUCUGAUGGUACGAAUCUUCUCCUUCUGGUCGCUGUUGGAACCGGGGCGGGUCUUGUGGCGGCGUCAGGCGUUGCCUUUGGGCUGAUCAGCAAGUACAAGAAACCAACCGUACCAGUGCAAUCAAAAAGCAACCUUAGCAAAGCCGAAGCCCAAAAUGACACUAGCAGUAAGCGUGGAGAACGUGGGAAACAGAGAAAGUCGAACGGCUACAGGAUGUUCAGAGAAACUCCACAUGGUUCUGGGAUAGGACAGUAUAACCAGAACCUGACAGCGAUAGACUUCUAAAGCACGCGUGGCAGAGAACCGAUGAAUCUAUAAGGCCUUAAAGAUUCGUUGCUUCGUA